AUGACAACUGCAGAAUCAGUAAAAAUGGAUAUAUUACAAUUGGAAGAGGCAGUUAAAAUAGCUGAAAAAAUAGUUGCUAAUUUAGGAAGGAAUAAGAAAGGAAAUCUGAAGCAAAAGCAAAGGAAAAAGACAUUAUUAAUAGACU